AUGGAACUCCCUGAAAACAAGCUUACCGACUUCAUCAAAAGCAGUGAAAAGGCAAAAUGGAUACCAGUCAACAAUCACAAUGUGAACAACUUCACAGAAGAUGAGAUUAAAAGGAUAACUAACAAUUAUAGCACUCCUAUUGGCCAAGGUGGCUUUGGACAAGUUUACCGAGGUUCUCUUAAUGAUGGUACUACAGUCGCAGUAAAGAAAUACAUCUGCCAGAAUGUGAAAGAUGGAUUUGCUAAAGAGGUAAUCGUCCAUUGUCAAAUCAACCACAGGAAUGUAGUCAGGCUCUUGGGCUAUUGUUCUGAGGAUAACGCGUUAUUGAUUGUCACUGAGUAUGUUCCCGGGGGAAACCUCAAAGAUCUCCUUCAUGGCAGUGAUGCUCCCAUUUCUCUGGAUGCAAGGCUGCGUAUUGCUAUAGAAUGUGCAGAUGCAUUAGGAUACAUGCAUUCAUCCAUGUACCAACCGAUGAUUCACGGUGAUAUCAAACCUGAUAACAUACUCCUGGACAUUAAUUUGGGUGCAAAAUUGUCUGACUUUGGAUUAUCGAGGUUGCUUUCCAUGCACCAAACUCAAUACACCAAGAAUGUAAUAGGCAGCAGAGGUUACAUGGAUCCAGAGUAUAUUGAGACUGGGCUCCUUGAUCCAAAGAGUGAUGUUUACAGUUUUGGGGUUGUUCUCUUGGAACUAAUUACCAGAGCCAAGGCAGGCGAAAAUGGGUUUAGUACUAGCCUCAAAAGAAACUUCACUGGUGCUCUAGGAAAAGGAAAGCAAGAGGCUCGAAAGAUGUUUGAUACUGAGAUAGCAAACGAGAGAGACAUUGAGAUUCUUGACGAAAUCGGAAAUCUGGCAGCACAGUGCUUCACGAAGGAUAUCAAGGAACGCCCUGAAAUGAAAGAGGUUCUGUGGAGUCUGCAGAUGCUUAGAAGAUCCCUUCGUUGUGAGAAAUCUCAAGAAAAAAUAGGUCAAAGCUCAUCGUCGGGAACACAGGCGAUAACACAAAAGAUCGACAAUCAUGGCUCAAGCAUUCCCAGUUCCAGCUCCACCUCAAGUGUAACUUACAAGUUCAGCAUCCUAGACAUCUUCAAUAGGAAAUCACGCAUGUUCGAGAGUAAUCGUGGUUCAAAACUGAAAGGGCGUCUGGGUUCGCCAUAUGAAUAUCAUCAGUCUAGUGGGCUGUUGCUUGGAGACGGAAUUUCCUCUGUUGGUAUUGCAAUUGGAUCCGCACAGGCAUUGGGAUAUUUGCACUCCUUGGGAAAGCACCAUGGCAAUGUCACAUCUACAUGUAUAAUGCUAGGUGACGAUUUUGUGCCAAAGGUCUCGGUUUUUUUUCCGACACACCUGAUGAGCAGUAGUGGAAGUGGACAGUUGGAAUGGAAUGACAUGGCAUACAUUGACCCAGCUUACCUGAAGACUUGUCUCCUCACAUCAAAGUGUGGUGUUUACUCUUUCGAAAUCACAUCAAAGAGUGAUGUUUACUCUUUCGGAAUUGUGCUCUUGGAACUAAUCACCAGAAAACAGCCAAGAAAUAGCCUCCGGGUUGAAUAUAUCAAAGCUUGCAGGAAUGAAAACAGUGGGAAAGCCAUGUUUGACAAGGAGAUUGCAGUCGAAGGGAGCAUCUUUAUCCUGGAAGAGAUGGGCAAGCUGGCAGUGAAUUGUAUCAGGACAGAUGUACAUGAGCGACCAGAAAUGGUGGAGUUAACUGAGGUGCUGAAGGGAAGGGAUCAGGAUAUACUGGAAGGCGGAGGAUACAAGAGUCUCAAGCUUCUUCGCUUCACUUCGCCUCUUCUGCCAUCGCUGACCUUCUCUGAAGGGGCAAUGCCCGAGCUCCAAAGGAUUGAUCUGCAGUUCACAAGGCUGGAAGGUCUGAGCAAUAUGGACAACCUUGCAAGUCUCCUAGAGGUGCAUCUGACCAUGUUUAAACAAGCAGAUGAAGCUACCAUUGAGAUAGUGAGUGGUCUAGCAACAGCAGCAAGGGGGAGUGCCAAGAAAGUAAAAGUUAUAGUCGAUGCUAGGUGA